GCCCAGCAGCCUGAGCCCAACCCUGGGAGAUGAGGGCCCUGAGCCCGCGGGGCCAGCCACGCUGAGAGCUGAGGUGGAGCCCCUGAGGCGUCCGGAGCAUCCAUGCGGUUCAAGAGCCGAUUCCAGCGGUUCAUGAACCAUCGGGCCCCAGCCAACAGCCGCUAUAAACCUACCUGUUAUGAGCAUGCCGCUAACUGUUACACACAUGCACUCCUCAUUGUUCCUGCUAUCGUGGGCAGUGCCCUCCUCCAUCGACUAUCGGAUGACUGUUGGGAAAAGAUCACAGCAUGGAUUUAUGGAAUGGGCCUAUGUGCCCUCUUCAUAGUUUCCACAGUAUUUCACAUCGUUUCAUGGAAAAAGAGUCACUUAAGGACAAUGGAGCAUUGUUUUCAUAUGUGCGAUAGAAUGGUGAUCUAUUUCUUCAUUGCAGCCUCCUAUGCGCCAUGGUUAAAUCUCCGUGAACUUGGACCCCUGGCAUCUCAUAUGCGUUGGUUUAUCUGGCUCAUGGCAGCUGGAGGAACCAUUUAUGUAUUUCUCUACCAUGAAAAGUAUAAAGUGGUGGAGCUAUUUUUCUAUCUAACAAUGGGAUUUUCUCCUGCAUUGGUGGUAACAUCAAUGAAUAACACCGAUGGGCUACAAGAACUUGCCUGUGGAGGCUUAAUUUAUUGCUUAGGAGUCGUGUUCUUCAAAAGCGAUGGCAUCAUUCCAUUUGCCCAUGCCAUUUGGCACCUUUUUGUGGCUACAGCAGCAGCAGUACAUUACUAUGCCAUUUGGAAAUACCUUUACCGAAGUCCUACAGACUUUAUCCGACACUUAUGAUCAAACCUGUGCUAGGUCUCCAAACCAGUAUUACUUCAGUUGUCGAAUUAGGAAUGGAGGAAAGCAGACCACUGCACAGAAAGGAAAAAAAAAACUGCACUGACUUUGCUAGAUUUUUUUAAAAAUACAAUUACUGUGAACUGAAAUUAUGAUCUAUGUUGGGCGGGUUCCUCCCCUCAGCAAAAAAGAUACUGUAUUAACUGUCUAUUGCAUUCCACCCUCAUGAAAUACUCUGUAUAGAAUGGCCAAUGAAUAUUUGCAAAUGAGAAUUUUGUAUUUUAAUCUUAUCAAUUUUACUGCAUGGAUUUUCUAAAUUAGUAAGUUAAGAUGUAAGAAGUCAGUGCUUAAGUGCAAUAACAAAUUCUUUUUUUUCUUCUUAAAAAAUAAUUUCUACCACUUUAUCCAUUAGCUUUGUGAAGAAUCAUGGAUAGAAUUCCGACUACUUUUUUUGCCAUGUUUCAUUGUGGCAUAAUGUGGUUAUUUUUAAAUGAAAACUUUAGGUUUUUGUAAAUUUUUUAAAGAAUUUCAUUGAGAAGACAUCUAUGCAGUUAUUCAUUCAUCUAGGUUGCAAAUCUUUGCAACCAGCAGUCAACAUUCCAUAUACUGAUAAACAUUAUACCUCUUCUAGCAAUUUUAUUAUGUCAAAUAAUUGCCAAUUUUUUAAAACUACAGAUUCAAAACUUGCCUGCCAACCUAUAUUUAUGAAUUCAAUGCUGCUUCAGACACUUGAUCUAAGGUAGCCUCCUACUAUUGGAAAAAUUCUUUUGACUUGAUUAGUUUUUAUGGAGACUUGACUUUCCCUCUGCCUUUAUCACCAUUACUUCAGGGAUCGAUCCUUUGGAUGAUAAUGGAUUGGGGACUUUUAUAUCAGGUCAGUAUUCAUGGGAUUGGGUUAACCACCAGUUGAAAAUCCUUGAAGAUUAUGAUGAAUUAAAUUGGUCCUUGCCUAAUUGGUGUCCACUGGCUAAGCCAAUGUAGUUUAGCAUUAGUAUUGACUCUUUUCACAUUUGAAAUUUGAGAAUUUGCUUUAAAAUUUGCUUUGUAUGAUUAGAUGCAUCAAUUCAUUCACACUCCUGUCUUUCAAUUCACUUUUCCUUUUUUUCCUAUUAAAAGUUUUUGAACAUUAUGGGUUUGAAAAUCAUGAGCCCAGAACCCAUGUUUCCACCCCUGGGUCAAUGUCACGGUGAUAGCGUGUUUAGCAUGUUAUUGUAUCCUGUCUUAAUCUUCUAUCAAUGUCUUAUAUUAAGAUUGAUACUCUUGUUGUUUCCUUCACUUGGUAUUUCAUGUUGGUAUUUUUAAUAAUGAAACAACCUCUUGCCUUCAGCAUUGAUUCCAGGUAUUGCCUAUUUUCCAUUAAUGGGCCUGAUCAGUGAGAAUUACUUAAUGUUGAUAACCUACUUUAGGCUCACUAAUAUGGUAAAUUUUAAUUUUUUUCUUGGUGUGGGCUUCAAAGGGGAUAAAUUUUGUUGUUGUUUUAAUAAGUUAAAAACUCUGCAUGUUUGUGUGAAUUAUGUGGGAAAGAAUGAGCAGAAAACCUCUAUAGUAUUAGGUGGGAAACAAAACUACAUGAUCUGAAGCAGGCCCCAGUUCAGCAACCACAGACCACUCUUUUGUAUGCAUGAUUCUCACACAUCUGGAUGCCUGAUCUCUUCCUGUGUGUACAUUUGUUUUAAUGUAUUACUAUUUUUGUGGGUUCCUUUACUCUGUUCAAAAGUAGCACUGUCAAAAACCACUAAAACUUAUGGAAAAUCCUGCUGUAGUCUUGAAUAAAACUGUAAUUUGGAUUU